AUGGGGUUAUUUUUAACCCAGAGUGGAAUGUAUUUAUUCAGCCCGGGGAGGCGAGGACUGCCUCCGAGACACCUCUCGCAGCAACAUCAGCGCUUCUGCAAAGCCAUGGCACCCAAGAAAGCCAAGAAGAGGAUUGAAGGUGCUAAUUCCAAUGUCUUCUCCAUGUUCGAGCAGGCCCAGAUCCAGGAAUUUAAAGAGGCGUUCACCAUCAUGGAUCAGAACCGGGAUGGCUUCAUCGACAAGGCAGAUCUGAGAGACACGUUUGCUGCACUCGGACGCCUGAAUGUGAAAAACGAGGAGAUCGAUGAGAUGAUCAAGGAGGCACCCGGCCCCAUCAACUUCACUGUGUUCCUCACCAUGUUUGGAGAGAAACUGAAAGGUGCUGACCCGGAGGAGACAAUCCUGAAUGCAUUCAAGGUGUUCGAUCCAGAGGGGAAAGGCCUGAAAUCUGCCUACAUCAAAGAAAUGCUGAUGACGCAGGGCGAGAGGUUUUCCCAGGAAGAGGUCGAUCAGAUGUUCGCAGCCUUCCCUCCGGACAUUUCUGGCAACCUGGACUAUAAAAACCUUGUCCACAUCAUUACGCACGGUGAAGAGAAGGACUAGCCCACGCUCGGCGCUGGGGCUGGCAGGAUCACCUCUGUCUGGGGUGCACGGGGGGCGGGGGGUCCCUUUACCUCUCCCCUUGGGGAACGCGUCAAUGGCAUCCACAUUAAACUGCCCUUGGCAAGAGGAAACCCAGCCGCUGGUGUGAGCGGUGCUUGGGCUGGCGUGGUGUGUCUGCGCAGUGCGGCUGUGCCCGGCGGGAGCCCCCGCGCCCUCCCAGACCCCCCUGCCCCAGCCUCCCGGCCCCUGCACAUCACCCUCGCGUGCCCUCUCCUCCCCUUGCCUCCUCGGUUCCCAGCGUGGCCCAGCUCCACAGCUCAGUGCACGCCAAACAGGCUGUUUCGCCCACCAGCCCAGGACCAGCGCUGAGCUCAGCUUUCCUUCAGGCAGCAGAGAGCUGCCGGCUUCUCCCAGCUUAGCAGGCAAAGCCCCGCGAGCCCGCUCUGCAUC